AUGGUGUAUGUUUACACAGUAUCCGCGCUUCAAGCAGUUCUAUAUCUAGUUCUCUGCUACAUAUUUGUAAUCCAGAUCGAGAUGAAAAGUCACGGUAUUGUUCUUGCGAUAAUACUUAGCCAAAUUACCACAUUGGGGUGCUGUAUUUUCAUUUUGUUCAGCAAGAGGACAGAAUGGCAUCUGAACAAUCUAAUGGACAGAAGAAUCUUUAACAAUUUCAAGGAGAUGUUCAUGAUUGGAUUUGCAGGUGGAAUGAACCAAGUCUUUGCUUACAUAAGUUAUGCAGUUGCUCUUUAUCUUAGUCAGAUCGGAGGGAGAGUGGAAGUGGAAGUAGUUGGUCUGUCCUUUCAGUACGAGAACUUCUCGUGGGCAGCCUCGGUAGCCAUUGCUUACACUUCAGCCAUCCAAGUUGGCAAUGCAAUAGGCGGGAAAAAAGUUUCUGAAAUCCGUUUCUAUAUCGGACUUAAUGGACUUAAUCUGAUGGCCGAGCGAGUACUGUUUCUAUUGUUUAUGCUAAUUAGUCGACACUGGGUUUUCAGAAUGGUUACAGAAAACACCUAUGUUUUGUCCUCUGCUAUGGACUCUAGCUAUCUCUACGCAGGAAUUCUAACUUUGACCAGCUUACAGGAGUUUUUAGGAAGGGGUGUGCUCAUGGCUUUUGGAAAAGCUAAGAUUGUCUCGAUUACAGUUAUAUUGUGCACAACUCUAAUUGGAGUCCCGAUCAUGGUUUUGCUGUCUUUGUUCACAAAUCUUAAAGAGAAUGGUCUUUUCCUCGGAAUAUUGUCGGAGAAGAUAAUGGAGAUUUUGGUGUUUGUCAUCAGCAUUUGGAGAUUGGAUUAUAACGAGGAGAUCAGGGAAUGCUCAAAUAGAUUGGAACGAGAGUCUGGGGAUAAAAGCCGGGAAAAUGAAAAUGAUCUGCUGGUUGAAGGUUAG